AUGAAAACUACAUUUCCCAUGAUCCUUUGGAAUUGGAGCUUGCGCAAUAUGUUUUGCCAUGGCCUUUGUUGGCCGUCUAUAGGCUGCUGUUGUUAAUGCCAUAGGAAGGGGUCAUUUAAGCACUAACCUGCCGUACGAGGUUGCUGUGUGAUCUUCUUCCUGCUAUGAGAGCUGACCACCAAGUCAACCUUAUCCCUUCCGUCUGCAGUUGAUGGAUCUGCAGCUGGUACAGAGAUGACAGACAGCGUCAGGGCCUUCCUGCGCAAUGUUGCGACGGGGAUCAAGGACUCCAUAUUGGGGAUUGGAACAAUCUCCAAACUGGAUGCACGUAUCCAGCAAAAAAGGGAGGAGCAGCGUCGGAGAAGGGCCAGUGGGGCUUUGGCACAGAGACGAGCACAGAGUGAGGAGCGUAAACCUGACAGUGACCCUAAAGUAGCUAGCAGGAUCUUUCAGUGCUGUGCCUGGAAUGGAGGAGUGUUCUGGCUUAGUCUGUUUCUCUUCUACCGGGUCUUUAUCCCACUGCUGCAGACGCUCACUGCAAAAAUUAUCGGUGACCCCUCACUCCAUGGCAGUGUCUGGUCCUGGUUAGAGUUCAUCCUGACCUCCGUCUUUGGUGCUCUCUGGGUUCUCCCACUAUUUGUCCUCAGCAAGAUAGUUAAUGCCAUUUGGUUUCAGGAUAUAGCUGACCUCGCAUUCGAAGUAUCUGGCUGUAAAGCGCAGCCGUUCCCCAGUGUAAGCAAGAUCAUUGCAGACAUGCUCUUCAAUCUCCUCCUUCAGGCACUCUUCCUCAUUCAGGGUAUGAUUGUCAGCCUAUUUCCCAUCGACGCCAUUGGACAGAUGGUCAGCCUAUUACACAUGUCUCUACUCUACUCCCUGUACUGCUUUGAGUAUCGCUGGUUCAACCAUGGCAUUGAGAUGCACCAACGGCUGUCCAAUAUUGAGAGGAACUGGCCCUAUUACUUCGGCUUUGGUUUGCCCAUGGCUUUGCUGACAGCCUUGCCUUCGUCGUACAUCAUCAGUGGCUGCUUGUUCUCCAUUCUUUUCCCACUCUUCAUCAUCAGUGCUAAUGAGGCCAAGACACCCACAAAGCUUUACCAUUUUCAGCUGCGUCUCUUCUCGCUGGUUGUGCUAAUCAGCAACAAGCUUUUCCACAAGACGGUCCACCUGCAGUCCUCCAUGACAUCCUCUACGUCCUCCGAGAGGCUGACGUCUCCGCACACGUCCCCGGCCAGACAGAGGCUUGCGCCCGCCCAUUGAUGACAUCACAUGGAGGAGCUGUGCAUAGUAAUCAUUCUUCCAGAAAGGGUUUUACGAACUCAAGUGUGUUGCACAACAAGAAAACGUCUUUUUAUCUAAUCUCUUGGCUCUUUGUGAUGCAUACAUUUUGUUCAAAGUGUCUGUUUGAGCGCUGUGUCUCGAACUCAAAAAAAUAAUUUCCUUUUUAGGAUUUUUAAAAAAAAUUUUUUUUAUGUGCCAUCUAAGCGGACUCUCCUUUUAGAAAUAACAGCACGAUGCAUCGUAUAGAGCAGGGGUGUCCGAAGCGAGACCUGGAGGCUAAUUGCUUGAUUUUUAUUGUAAUAUACUAUACAAGUAUACAUCAACUAUAUGCUGACGGACUUGGAGGGCCUUGUUAAACAAAGAUAACACUAUUAAAACUAAUUGUUCAAAUAUACUUCUCAUUGUAUAUCUUCACCUACACUGUUUUUAGAGAUUUUUUUUUUAUUAUUAAAAAAAAAAAACUUAAAGAAAGGGUUUGGACUUUGGACACCCCUAAUGUAAAGUUUGAAGGAACGUUUUUGCUUUUCGAAGCAAAUAGGUUAUAUUUUUUACCUGUUUGUCUCAUUUCUUUCUGUCUAUAAUGUGCCAGCAGUUCCGGGAAGGACUGUGUUCUGUCAAAGGGAGGAUGUUGUAUUAUUACUUAUCUUAUAUUUGAAUUCACAAAUGGGGAUCUGCAAGGACUUGGGACCUGUCUUGACACAAACCAAAAACAACAUUGUUGUUACAAGAUGAUGAAUGGUUUCCUUUGUCAAAAUCCGAAGUACUUCUUGCAAACUACAAGGUGACCAAGAAGCUGUGUCACUGUUUGCAGACAACAUCAAAGUGAUAAAUGAGAUGACCGUGACAUGUGCAAUUUAUUUCCACUGCUACAAAACUAAAAUAUUGACAAACCAC